AUCGCGCAUGCGCCGUGAGAGCCGAGCGGCCACUCCGGACGGUGCCCGAGAGCGGGCAGCGCGCACCCCAGGUGUUUUGCCGGGGGGCCCGGCACCAUGGCGCAGCAGAGCGGGCUCAGCAUGAAGGAGCAGAGAUACGACCGGCAGCUCAGGUUGUGGGGUGAUCAUGGACAAGAAGCUUUAGAAGCUGCUCAUGUUUGUGUGAUAAAUGCAACAGCCACAGGAACUGAAAUCCUCAAAAAUUUAGUACUACCAGGUAUUGGCUCAUUUACGAUUGUUGAUGGGAAUCAAGUCACCGGAGAGGAUGUCGGAAAUAAUUUCUUUCUACAAAGAAGCAAUAUUGGCCAGAACCGAGCCCAAAGUGCCACAGAGCUCUUACAAGAAUUAAAUAAUGAUGUUUCAGGAAAUUUUGUGGAAGAGAGUCCGGACAAACUUCUAGACAAUGAUCCUUCAUUUUUCUGUCGGUUUAAUUUAGUGGUUGCAACCCAGUUACCAGAAAGUAUAUUGAUGCGUUUAGCUGAAAUUCUCUGGAAUGCUAACAUCCCUCUGUUAGUCUGUAGGACUUAUGGACUAGUUGGUUAUAUGAGAAUUAUUAUUAAGGAACAUCCAGUAGUGGAAUCUCAUCCAGACAAUGCAUUAGAAGAUCUGAGACUGGACAACCCAUUUCCAGAGCUGAGGGAGCAUAUGCAGUCUUAUGACUUGGAUCAUAUGGAAAAAAAGGACCAUAGUCACACUCCGUGGAUUGUGAUUGUAGCAAAGUAUUUAGCAAAAUGGUACAGUGAGAAAAGUGAGCAGAUACCUAGGAAUUACAGAGAAAAGGAAGCCUUCAGAGAGCUGAUUAGACAAGGAAUCUUAAGGAAUGAAAGUGGGAUCCCAGAAGAUGAAGAGAACUUUGAAGAAGCUAUAAAAAAUGUAAACACAGCACUAAAUGUUACAAAGAUUCCAAGCUGUAUUGAAGACAUUUUUAAUGAUGAUCGUUGCAUCAAUCUCACACAGCAGACGCCGUCCUUUUGGAUUUUAGCUCGAGCUGUAAAAGAAUUUGUAGCAAAAGAGGGGCAAGGAAAUUUACCUGUUCGGGGCACUAUUCCUGAUAUGAUAGCAGAUUCGGGUAAAUUUAUCAAAUUGCAAAAUGUAUACCGUGAAAAAGCAAAGAAAGAUGCUGCUGCUGUGGGUAACCAUGCUGCUAAAUUGUUAGAGUCAAUAGGCAAGGCACCAGAGUCAAUUUCACAGAAAGAGUUAAAAUUGCUUUGCAGCAACUCAGCGUUCCUUCGAGUAGUGCGAUGUAGAUCCCUGUCUGAAGAGUAUGGUUUAAAUACAUUUAACAAGGAUGAAAUUAUUUCCGGCAUGGAUAAUCCAGACAGUGAGAUAGUGCUAUAUUUAAUGCUACGAGCUGUGGAUAGAUUUUAUAAACAGCAUGGUAGAUACCCAGGUGUGUAUAACUACCAAGUGGAAGAUGAUAUUGGAAAAUUGAAAUCUUGCCUCAGUGGUUUUCUUCAGGAAUAUGGGCUGUCUGUAACAGUGAAAGAUGAUUAUGUCCAUGAAUUUUGUCGCUAUGGAGCUGCAGAGCCACAUACUAUCGCUGCAUUCUUGGGAGGUUAAAGAAAAUUAUAUUGCCAUGGGUGUAUGUGGUACUUUAGAAAAAUGUAUGAAGACAAGAUCGGGGUUCUUAAGAGUUUAUAAUUGCAAAGAAAACUUGAACACAGUAUUUUUAUAGAGGUAUUAAAAGAGGUUAUAGCAAUAAAAUAAAAUUUAAGAGCUUGUUCAACAGUUAAAGAAAUAAAACGUAGAGAAGCUAAUUACUAGCUAAGUUUUCUUUCACCUGAAUUUUCCAAUACUGAGACUCUGGAUUGCAUAAUCUCUUUUGAAAGGAAAGGUGAUUUUUGAAUGGGAGGGGAGGAAGUGUUUUAGAAAAAUGGUUGAUUAGGAAAAAAAUCAGGUUGGGGAUAUAGACAUUUCUCUUGCAUUAAUUCAGAAAGAUCAGUUUCUUUCUUUCACCAGUUCACAUGAUAAAAUAUUUACAUAAACUUAUAUGCAUAUGCCUUUUUAAAAAUUGAAUUGAAAAAAAAUAUCAAAUCACUUUUUGUCCUGAUUCAGGAAAGCGUUGAAACAGCUUGACAGACUGAGGUUAAUCGUUAUAUUGAAAUCUGAACCAGAUAAUGCUGUUCUUGUUUUUUUUUAAAUAUAAUUACCUGCCAAUGUCAUUCUUUUUUCCCCUUCACUUUAAUAGGUGCUGCUGCUCAAGAGGUUGUCAAAGUAAUUACAGGACAAUUUGUAAUUUUUAAUAACACCUAUAUUUACAGUGGAAUGUCACAGACAUCAG